AUGUUGUCCAAGGCUAUUGCCGUCCUGGCGGCGGCGACGUUGACGUCGGCCGCUACGCCCAUGGGCUUCAUGCCCGCCUCCAAUACUCCCCUAAUUGUCUCCUUCCAAGGCAUUUCGGCGGUGGACGGCGUGAACCUUCCCAGGGAUUCUAGCCAAAACGUCCCCACGAUCGCGACCGAGCAGAAGCUGCAGGGCCAGUACGCCGUGAUGAUGGUGGACAUUGACGUCCCGACCAACCAGCCCCCGAAGACGGGCACGCUGCUCCACUGGAUGCAGACUGGCUUCACCUCCGCCGACACCCCGACGAUCCUCAACACGACCGCGGGCACCAAGACGGUCUUCGUGAUGCAAAACAAGAUGAACGCCGCCGCCCUCGCGCCGUACUUCGGCCCCAACCCGCCCGCGCGAGAGCCCCUCAGCCACCGCUACACCUUCGUCGCCGUCGACCACACCCAGAUCUCCCAGCAGGGCCUCAUGGCGCUCUCGGGCGCCGCCCAGAACCGCCGCGACUUCAACCCCAUGAACGCCCUCAUGGCCGCUGGUCUGCAGGACAAGGUCGUCGCGGGCAACUUCUUCCGCGUCACGAACGCCGGCCCCGUCGGUGCGGGCACGGGAAUGGGCACCGGCCCCUCGCGCGGAAACGGCACCGGCUCUGGAACUAUGCCUGGCAACAUGCCCAUGCCCAUGCCCGGUGGUGGCGGCGCGGCGCCUCCCUCGAUGCCUCCCCCUACCACCCCGACCACGCCCGGCGCGAACCCUGGUAUGGCCCCGAUGCCCGGCAUGAGUAUGACCCCCGGUAUGACGAUGCCCAUGCCCGGUAUGGCCUCGAACCCGCCGACCGGCGCUCAGCCCUCGAACCCGAUGAAGGCGGCUGCGUCCGUCCCUGGCCUGAACCUCAUGGCCGUGUGCCUGUGCGCCGUCGGUACGCUGUUCGUCUGGUUGUGA